UACACGUUAUGACGUUAAAAAUAACGAUCAUAUCCUAGGAAACAACAAACAUAACCUGCAUCAUUAUGCAAAACGGCUAGCUGUAUAACCGAUGGAAAUAUCGAAAUUCUUUUUUACGUUCAAAAUUGUAUUCAUAUUUCAUUCUGCAUUACCGGAACAUAGAUAAUAACAUAAAAUGGGUUCGGGUAACUCUAAAAUGAAAAAGACUUCUCAAAGCCAAGGAACACAAACACCGAUGGUUUACGAUAAUGACACAGAUGACGUUUCAUCAGCUCCUGAUCAUUGUACCAAAGUGGAUAUGUUUCCUACUCAAAAGACACAAAGUAAUUCACAUAACGAUGUUAACAUCCAAAAAGAAACGCAACAGCAAUCUCAAGAUAGCACAGAUAACAUGCAGAGCCAAGUUGCUGUCAUUUGUCAAUACGAAAUAAAGGGAAUCAAUGCAAAUGAUAUUUUUAAAUAUAUCGUCACUACAUUUGGUGGAGGCUGCAACUUUGAAAAGUUUUGUAUGCGGUGCAAGAUAUUUCCUGAAAAAGCCAAUAUUUCUCUGUGGUUUGAAAAGCAUACUUCAAAAUUUCGUCUUUAUAAAGAUAUGGGCAAGAUCCUUUAUAUUUUUCCGUAUCUUGGGAACACUAGUGUUUGCUUCCAUUAUAAUGAUGUUCAUGAACCAGGGGGCUGUAAAGAAGCAAAUUGUUCGCAUUUUCACAUCUGCCAACGGUCUGUUAAAAAUAACGCUUGUACAUAUAAAAAGUGUACAUUAGCCCAUGAUUUUACAAAUGAACACAAUUUACAACUUAAAAAGCAACUUGGAGUGGAUAGUUUACAAAAUAAACAAAUAAAAAAGGUUUUAAAUGGUCGUUAUCCUGCUAUUUGCCAGAAAUAUUAUUCUGGACAAGGGCAUUGCAAGUUAAGUUUGAAAUGUCCUUACUUGCAUUUAUGUGGAUUACACAAAUUUGGAAAAUGUAAAGAACCUUGUACACUCAACUUGAGUCAUAAUCUGAAAACUGAACAUAAUGGAUGGGUGCUUGACGCAUUCGAAAUGCGUAACUGGCCAGAGGAAGCUAUAAUGAAAAAAGUGUAUGUACCACCAAAGACAAGUCAAGAUUUUGAUAGCAACAGUUCCACUACAAAGCCUCGCAAUGGAAGAGAUGUUGGUGUAAUCGAUACCUUAGAUUCAGAUGACGAUGACCUUCAAAAUGGAAGUGAUUUUGUAGAAUAAAUUAUUGACAUUUUAAUGGUAAAUCGGAUUCCCAAAAUUUAAAAAAAAAAUGGCACUUACAUUGAAGAUAGAUCUGUAAGAGACAAAGACAAUACCAACAUUUAUUUUAUAAAAAGUAAACGAAAUACUGUGAAUUCAUUAUAUUUCUUUAAAUACCGUAUUUGAUUUUAAUGUUCAAUGAAUUUCAAAUUUUCUGCAUGAUUAAAUGCAGACUUUUGGAAAACCACGAAAUCAAAUAUUAUUAUAUAUAGUUAUAAAUGCAAGUUUUCCUCAAUCCACGAAAAUUGGUACCCACGAAAAUAAACGAAUCCACAGUAAUGUGUUUAGACAAUAAAGAAGAAGU